AUGGACCCGCAAGCCACUGGUGUGGAGAAGGCGGCCGCGCCGUACGGGUCCUGGGAGUCGCCGAUCAGUGCCGACGCCGUCUUCGCCGCCGAGAAGGAAGUCCACGGGCUCGCCGUCGCCGGCGACGGCCGGGUCCUCUGGGUCGAGACGCGUCCCGAGGAAGGAGGGCGCGAGGUUCUCGUGAAGGAAGGGGCCAGCGCAGACGGCGGAAACUUGGAUGUGACGCCGCAGGAGUUCGCCGUGGGGUCCCUGGCGCAGAUGUACGGCUACGGCGGCGCGUUCGCUGUGCAAGGGGAUGUCGUGGUCUUCUCCAACUACACCGACCAGCGCUUGUACAGGCAAACCAUAGGAGAUAACUCACCGCUACCUUUGACACCGGAUUAUGGUGGAUCAGUUGUCCGAUUUGCAGACGGUGUCUUCGAUCCUCACUUCAGUCGUUACGUCACCAUAAUGGAAGAUCACUGCAAGAGCUCAAAUCCCAUCGCAACAGUUGUUGCCGUGAGCACAAAUGUUGCAGAAGUUAAUGAACCAACUGUGCUGGUCAGGGGGAAUGACUUCUAUGCCUUUCCACGCAUCGAUCCAACUGAAAAGCGCAUGGCCUGGAUUGAAUGGAGUAAUCCAAACAUGUCUUGGGAUAAAGCCCAACUGUGGGUUGGAUAUUUUUCUGGCGAAGGAGAUGUACAAAAACGUAUUUGCAUUGCUGGUGAAGACCCAGAAUUUGUGGAAUCUCCUACUGAACCCAAGUGGUCUUCAAAAGGUGAGCUGUUCUUCAUAACUGACAGACAGAAUGGGUUUUGGAAUAUUCAUAAAUGGGAUGAACAGAGCAAUGUUGUAGUGCAAGUGUACUCCAUCGAUGCUGAAUUCUCAAAGCCAAUAUGCUUUGGUGUCAGCUCCUAUGCUUUUCUAAGAAACAAUGACUCGAGUCAGAAAAUAGCUUGCUGCUACAGGCAGAAUGGGAAAUCAUAUGUUGGGUUACUGGACCAUGAUUCAGGGUCUUUUUCAAAACUUGACCUUCCCUUCUCUUCUGUAACUAACAUAGUUUCUGGAGAUGGAUCUUUUUACGUUGAGGGUGCAUCUGCUACUCUUCUAGUCUCAAUAGCAAAGGUGACGCUGGAUGAAAAGAGAACAAUGGCAACUGACAUUUCUAUCGUUUGGUCCUCCUUGGAUGAAAUUAAGAAAUAUACAUCCUACUUUAGUUUGCCUGAAUUUAUGGAGUUCCCAACUGUAAUCCCUGGCCAACAUUCUUAUGCGUACUUUUAUCCUCCACACAAUCUAAUUUUCCAAGGUUCAUCGAAUGAAAAGCCUCCAUUGUUAGUCAGAACCCAUGGUGGACCUACAGAUGAAGCACGCGGGGUUCUGGAUCUUAGUGUGCAGUACUGGACGAGCCGAGGAUGGGCACUCGUUGAUGUUAACCACGGUGGAAGUGCAGGCUAUGGGAGAGAGUUCCGAGAGAGGCUUUUAGGGAAAUGGGGUGUUGUGGAUGUAAAUGAUUGCUGCAGCUGUGCCACAUUUCUGGUGGAAACUGGAAGAGUGGAUGGGCAACGUCUUUGUAUAACAGGAGAAUGUGCUGGUGGAUUCACAACUUUAGCUUGCCUUGCUUUCAGACAGAUAUUCAAGGCUGGUGCUUCUUUAUACGGGAUUGCUGACUUAGCUUCACUAAGGGCAUUCGCACGCAAGGGUGAUGCGUACUAUAUUGACAACCUUGUGGGCAAUGAACAGGCUUACUUUGAGAGAUCACCAAUAAAUUUCGCUGAAAGAUUUACCUGUCCGGUCAUUUUGUUUCAAGGAUUGGAAGACACGGUUGUGCCACCAGAUCAGGCAAGAACAAUAUACAAGGCUAUAAAGGACAAAGGUCUACCUGUUGCUUUGGUUGAGUAUGAAGGGGAACCACAUGUUUUUCGCAAGGCCGAGAACAUCAAGUUUACCUUGGAGCAGGCGAUGAUGUUCUUCGCAAGAUUAGUUGGGCACUUCAAGGUGGCAGAUGUCAUCACUCCAAUCAAAAUUGACAACUUUGAUUAA